CUUUUCUGUUGUGUUCUUACGUCAGGCCGCAAGCAGUUUUGAGCGGUCGGAUGAUCCCAGAAAAUCCAUAACAUCUUUUACUUUAAAGGAUGUCUAUGAUGGGAAAAUUUUGUUUAGACACCAGGAAGACACUGGCGUGUACACCAAGGUCAAUGUUACUAAUGGUGUUUACGUCAGUGAUGCUGUUGAUCUGCGUUUCAAAGUUGAGGAGUUGAGGCUUACGGUUCAGAACAAUACAGGGCUUUUGCUGAGCUAUGGAUCCAGCAGUCUCAUUACGGCUCACAAUCUCAGCGCCGUCACUAACCUAAAUCUUGAAGAGUUGGAAAUAAGAUACAACAUCACUCAAUCCCCUGUUCACGGUGCCUUGCAACGCAUGGAGUACGGCUCCUCUGAAUGGGUUCCUGUGACAUCUUUCUCUCAACGACACAUCAACUCUGGUCGUCUGCGGUAUGUCCACCAGCCAGGGAAGUCUAUAUCAAUGCAGGACAGUUUUAAAUUUGAUGUUAUUUGCAAACACCUUAAGACCCCACCCCACACAUUCAGCCUUACUCUAAAAACAGUCACACUUUCAAUUGAACAAAAUUCUAACUUGAUCUUGAAUCAUCUGUCCUUUGGUAAAUUCACCAAUAAAACCCUGAUGGUGGUGUCCAAUACAGAACAUUUAAACAUGAACAACAUAAUCUACUUGAUAGUAAGGCCACCUCAGUAUGGAUCUCUAUAUCUGAUUAAACAAAAUGUCCAAAACCUGGUCAUCUUUGAGCAAUUCUCACCUCUUCAAAUUGACAACACUUUUACUCAAAAUGAUAUCAACGAGGGCUUUGUAUAUUAUAAAUUUGAGAAACCUGGCUUUGAGCAGACUGAUGACUUUGCAGAUCUUCAAGCAUCCUAUUUUGGAUUUCCACUUAUGGUGCGUGCGUCUGUGCAGUAUUCUCCCGAUAAAGUUGCACCACGGUUCAUCAACAAUGGACUGAAAGAUGUCCCCGAAGGAAGCUCUGCUGUAAUAACAAAACAAGACCUAUCCUUAGACCUAGAGAAGUACAAAAAAUUCAUGUUUUCAAUCAUCCGAGGCCCAGCACACGGUACUGUCAAUGUCAGAGAUCCAAAUUCUUCAGCCAUCUUGAGAAAGAAUGUCUCAUUCUUUACAAUGUCUGAUAUCAAAGAAGGGAAAGUUGUCUACACUCAUGAUGACUCUGAAAACCAAAAAGAUUCUUUCACAUUUUCAGCCAACCCAGUGCUGGAAGAGUCCAAAGGAAAUGUGAAUGAGUUCCAGGAGUUCACAGGGGUUUUCCACAUAAUGAUGAAAAUGAAAAAUGACAACCCCCCUGUUCGGACUGUAAAUAAGGUGUUCCAUGUUGCUGUCGGCCAAAUCAAGUACCUGACCACUGCCGACCUCGCUUUCACUGAUCCCGACAAGGACUUUGAUGACUCUCUGCUGACCUACCAGAGGCAGUCUAUCUCUAACGGGGACAUCCUGAACUCCGUGACAGAGGAGCCUGUUUACAACUUCAGCCAAAGUGACCUGGCUAAGGGUGUCCUGAUGUUCCACCAUAAGGGCGACAUGUAUGCACGAGUCUCCAUCUCUGUGUCAGAUGGCAAGUUCCUCACCACCAGCCUGUUUGAGAUACAGGCAUCUCCUCCAUACUUACUUAUUGUAAACAACACAGGAGUAGAAGUCUUGCAAGGUUCCCACAUCACAAUAAACAGCUUUAACCUGAGCAUUGAGUCCAAUUUGAAUGUCAACCCAGAGGAAGUCACUUUUCAAGUUACUGAAGAACCCAAACAUGGCCUGCUGCGAAUCAAUGGGCGCCAAGUUUUAAAGUUUACCUACUUAGAACUGUUGAACUCCAGAGUUCGAUAUUGGCACAGUAAUGGAGCAGCCACUGAGGAUAAAUUAACCCUCACUGUUAAUUUAGAAUCUGUUCAAACGCAAGUGGCAUUUAGAAUCAAGAUUGUUGCAGAAGGCCUCUCUGAUCCUCCAGAAAUUAUUCACAAUCAAAUCCUCAAAGUUCAAGCACUGCAGUCUGAGGCUAUAACAGAACAUCUUCUCAAAGUUGCCCAUAAGAAUUACCCACCGAAUGAAAUUGAAUUCAUCAUCACCCAGUUGCCUCGAUUCGGACAUUUGAUGAUCAAGGGUAUCCCGGUUAAAACUGGCAACGUCCCAGAAUUCACCCAGCAGGACAUCGCAGACAGGCUCAUUAGUUAUGUCAGUCAGUCCCAAGAUAGCAUCUCAGAUAAGUUUGUGUUUGAUGUGGGAACAGAAUUCCAAAGUUUAAGGCAGCUUGAGUUUCUCAUUGAGAACAUCCCUCAAACACAGCAGGUCAACAGGGUGAACGUCACUGUUGCUGAAGGUGGGACAGUGACUAUUGCCAGCCAGUUAUUGCCUCUAAGAGGGCGCCUGGCUCAAAAUGGGAAGCCUGUGUACUCAGUACUCCAGGCUCCAGUCCACGGUCAAAUUGUGUUGAAAAAUGGCAAGAAGGAGGCACAAGUGAGUUCUUUCACCCUGGAGGAUGUGACUCGAGGCAGGGUUGCCUAUGUCCACGAUGGCAGUGAAAGUGUAUCUGAUGAGUUUGUUGUCAAGGCCGAGGCACCAGAUGCCGCGGUUCCACCGCAACAAACCGUUUUAAAGGUGUCGGUCACACCUGUGGAUGACCAACCCCCUAGGGUCGUGGUCAACACUGGUUUAGAUCUGUGGACAGGGUCCCUGAGCCUGUUGACCAACCAGCAUCUCCAGGCAUCAGACCCUGACUCAAGCAGCACAUUGGUUGAGUAUCGUGUACUAUCGCCACCUUCAAACGGCCACCUUGCUUUCCUGAACAACACAUUCAAGCAAAUUUCGAGGUUCACACAACAAGAUCUGGAUAGCCAGCGCAUAGUCUUUGUUCAUAAAGGUAAGCAAAGGACAGUGCUAAAAUUAAGCUUUUUACCAUGGUCUGUGUCUUUUUUAUAAUUGAGUCUAAUAACAGUAGUCAACCAAGGGAUUAAACUAAUACUAAUUCAUAUUCUGUUGGGGGCAGGGCUCUCGUUCUUUAGGGCCCCAGCUAACACACUGGCUAAUCAAAUAGUAUGAAUUUCUUUGAUAUCUUAGUCAAGAGUUAUUUUAUUUUAAAAAACUUACUCUUUUUUUUUUCUAAUUAGUCAGCUGUAAUCUUAGCUGAUCCAAUUUCACAAAAUGAACAAUAAGAUUCUUCAUUGUUAUACUACUGCUUUUGUAAUGUUUCAUGAUAUGAGAUCUUAAUACUAAUGAAUUAUUUUCAAAUAUUUGUAUUGCUUUACACUAUCCAUUUUACACAUCUUUACAAACAAUUCUUAUGCUGCCAUAUUUUUCUUGAGAGAUCUCUUCACCCCACCAACCCUCAUGAUAAGUAUCUCAGGCCAUUUCCUUGGCCGAUUUUAAAUGCUGACCCAAGGGAAAAGUACAACCUCAAAUAAAAACCAGGGAAUAACACAUGUGUUAUAAUUAUAUGAACCAUCCAGUUUUAUACCCAAAAUUGCUAGUAAGUUCAUAGGCAUAAUGCUCACUCAUAGUUAGAACCAGUUGGCUAUUGCCUGGCUUUUUUUUUUUUUUACAGCACCACUCCCCUGUAAUGAUAAUGACAUUUCUCUGGUGUAAGGUCCAUUCAAUAAUUAGCCAAGUCACAGUAAAUACUUACUGAGUUAAAUAGUCUGGGUGCAAUGUUUAUUCACUAAUUUAAGUUCUGUUGCAUUCAUUCAUCCCUGUGGCGCUACAGCCCAUGUAGGACUUUGGCCUGCCUCACUACUUCCUUCCACUAACUAAUGCUUUUCAUUCCGUGCUUGAUUUCCUAGCUGUUGUAUAUUUAUUCCACAUCAUCAAUCCAUCUAAGCCCUAAGCUUAGGUGUGCCUUUGAGCCGUUUACCUCUGGGGGUUUGUACCCUCUUCACUCCUCUGUCAUUUGGCAUUCUUUCUUAGUGUCCUGCCCAGCAUAGCCUACCCAUUUUUAUUUCUGCUACUGGCAUGGGAUCCUGAUAUAGACUGUACAAUUCCUGGUUGGUUCAUAUUCUCCAUCCAUAUUCAUGGUUCUGUUGCAUUAACCCAUUAAAUUUGGUUAAACAAAUUAUCUGAAUAAUAAAAUGUUAAAAUUAUGAGUUGUAAUAUGAUCAAAUUAAAUAAACAGUUUUUGAUAAUGGAAAUAUACUUUUUUUUUUCCUUUUAUGUGUGUAGAUUAAUAUUAUAAGAGCAUACAGUUUUUUUUUUUACAUCUGCAAAAAAUGUGGAAAUUGAGGGCAUCAUUCUUAAUAUUUGACAGAAACUAAUCUGUUUUUUUUCUUCUUUUGUUGUAAAAUUCACCAAAUAUUUUUUUUAUGUUAUCUAUGGGCAUUAAACAGUAUUUGUUAUUGACACUCGAGAUGUAAAAAUGGCCUAAGUCUAUGAAAUGCUUUUUUUUUACUUUUACCGAAGGGUAUGCUUGAAAACCAUUCUAUUUAAAAACUAAAUGGGUUUUUAAAAAAAAUAUUUUGUUUGAAAAUGUUUGCAUUUAAAAAUCUUUCUAUUCACAGGAAGUGAAAUGGGAGAGUUCACCUUUCAAGCAACAGAUGGCCGCAGCAAAGAUGAAACCCAUGUAUUCAAACUGAGGGCCAGGCCAGUCCAGCUUACCCUUGCUGUCAGUGGCUCCAUCAAAGCAUUCCCAGGGGUCCCGCAGCCCAUCACCAAUAUGUCUCUGUUGGCCAAAACCUCAUCCAGUAACUACACGCACCCCAUUGUCUUCACCAUUCUGGAGCCACGGCCAAGGAAAGGAAAACUUGUGUCCAAAGCCAACAAACAGGCAGAAAUUAACUCAUUCACCCAAUUUGAUAUUAACGAGGGGAUAAUCUACUUCCAACCUUUUAGUUCUAUAAGGAACUGGUCGGAGAAAGAUCAAAUAUUCUUUGAAAUAACAGCUGCCUACGCUCAGAUGCUGAGCAACCAAACUUUAAAAGUGGAUAUUUCUUAUUCUAAUAUCAAUGAGGACAACUACCAGACUCUUCUGAACAUCAAAACACCUUACAUCAAAGAAGGUGAUAAAAUCCCGAUAUCCAAAGAUAAUUUUGACUCCACUGACUUUGUUCUGAAAUUACAGACUUUCAGAGCAGGUGUGAGUGUAGAGCUUUCAUUCAUGUCCUCAGCAAACCAUGGGUACUUGUGGUUUAAAGGAAGGGCGGCGGAGGUUGGUGAGGUGUUUACACAGGAAGAUCUGGACAGUGGCCUGUUAACAUACAGACACGAUAACUCUGACACCUUAAGGGAUAAAUUUCUGUUCACUGUAAAGAUCAUGAUCCCAAGAUCCUCGGGAGAACUCAGCAAUUCCACUGCCAACACAUUCAGGUUUGACAUUUUCAUUGAGCCUAUCAAUGACAUGGGGUUUGAGAUGGUGACACUGCAUCCCAGGAUUCUUGUCCUUCAGGGUUCCGAGGUUGUGGUCACCUCUCAUGCUUUAACCACUGUUGACCUUGACACUGGGCCAGAAGGGAUAGAGUACACCAUAUUAACCCAGCCGAAGAACGGGAUAUUGGUCAGGUCCCCAGAAAACAAAACUCAGGUUGUGACCUUUACCCAGAAGGACAUAGAUGAUGGAAGGUUGAUAUUUAAACAUGAUGGAUCAAGGGAAUCCAGCGGCUUCUUAUAUUUUAAAGUCUGGGAUGGAAUGUUCCAGCCUCAUUUCAGCAACAUGGACAUCAAUGUGACACCUCUGUUUAUAGAAGUUGGCAAAAAUGCUCAUGUGCCUGUGAUUCAAGGCAGCAGGUCAGUAAAGCUUUCCAACGUAUUCCUCAAUGUGUCCACCAAUGGGGAUUACAACGCCCUCACAUACAAGAUCACUCAGGCACCUCAGUUUGGUCGGCUAAGAAUGUUAAACUCACCUGCAAGAGAAUUCAGACAAGCGCACAUAGACGGUGGAGCUAUAACAUACGUGCAGGAUAAAGAUUCACCAGGAGAUGACUUUUUCGUUUGCGAUAUUGCCUUGCACAAUAUUGACUGCUCCAUUGAUACAGUGCAGAUUGAUGUGGUCAUGAAGCCCCUCAUCAAACAAGGUCCUCUUGUCACUUCAAAGGGCCUGCCUGUGGCCAUUACUCGGUCAAGCCUUGAUGCCAGUGAGCUUGUACAAAUCACCAGUGACAAUCCUCGAUUCAGCAUCUCUAUCCCUCCGAAACAUGGUAAAAUAAUGCGGCGGCACAGGCAGCGACGCCAGGCCAUUUUGGAAAAUAAUUUUCAGCCAGUUUCCACCUUUACUUUUGAGGAUAUUCUUUACACAAAAAUUUACUAUGUGGCAAAUGGUGUUAAUAUAAAUGACAAGACCGAUAACUUUACGUUUUGGUUGUCUGCCAAAGGUGUGCCAUCUGCCAAAGGAGAGCUAGUUAUACAUUUGAAUGAUCCAGUUCAGAGAGAAAAUGAUAAUGUGGACAAGAAGCCUGGAAAGGAUGAAGGCAAAUCUCAUGAUGAAGAUGAAGAGAAAGACAUUGUUACAGAAAGUGAUGUUGGGGAAAAGCAGCCUGUAUUAGAUUCUGAGUCUGAUUCUGAUGAUAAUGGUAAUGUUGUAAUAAUUGCCAUUGUUCUCUCAUUAAUCUUCAUUUUAUGUGUCAUUAUUGUCUUGGUGGUGUUGUUCCUACGCUGGCGAAGGAAGAACCAAGCAGCAUUGGUGCAUGAGACAAAAGCAACAAAAAUUCGACCUGUUAUUAGCGGACCAUUACAAUUAGAGCAGCCUCAUGUACUGAUAGAGGCACAUCAAGAUGGGAUGAUUUCACCCAACAGUAGGGACAGCACUGCUCUUAUGGUGGGCCAAGGAGAGGAAAAUGAGUAUGUCAAUACAUCUCACAUGAGCAGCACACAUGAAGCCUUGCAUCUGCUGAAUGGCAGCUCUCCUGGUUCCCCAGAUAUUACAAGGGUGGAGAUCAACCACGCCACACCUGGGUUGAAAUCCACACCCACACAUGAUAGCCAGUCUGAGCAAGCUUCUGAGGAAAUAGAACGUUGCUCAACUGUGACCAGUGGAAGAGGUUCAAAUGCCAGUAAUGACCUUAUGGACUGGACAUUGAUGGACCCUGAUCUACUACAACACUGCCGUACAACGACACCUGUUUUACGCAAUAAUCAAUACUGGCUGUAGAGCUGAAACUUACUCUCCACAUCUCUAAUUUCUAUUACUUACUAGUAUUACCUGUAAGGUUGCCUACAUUAUCCCUGCAGCGGAAAACUCAUUUUCUGAUGAUUUAGUCUUAUCAGAUAUGUUAAAGCCAAACCUUUUCAGUUCAAUAUCAUAACCAUACAUACUAGAAACAACCCGCCAAACAAUGGUGGCAGCAAUGCAUGACCUUCCCAUCUGCUAAAGUUUCUUGACAAAACAUGC